AUGACACAAAAAAACUUACAUGAAAAAAAAUCAUCAAAAAAUCUUGGAGAUAUAGUGGUAUGUAAAGCAAUGACUGAUGAACGCCGGGGACGCCAAUACCCGGUACCAGAAUUUCGGUCAAUUUUCACAGUCCGAUGCAAUCCGUUUAACAACGACACUAAACGGACGGCCGAACUAACAAAAUGGUGGUCAGAUUAUGCAUUGUUGCCGGCCGACAAAUAUCGGGGUCGUGUCGGCGAUGCUAUGCUCCAGUUUGCUGCCUAUAACUUUCCCGAUUGUACCGACUGGAACCGAUACGCCAAUCUGGUCAAAUGGUUUGGCUAUUUGUUUGUCUGGGACGACCACAACGAGACACAAUACGGCGAUUUUGAUCGCAGCAAUCGUACGGCUCGUCCGAUUGUUGACCAGUAUAUACAGUGUAUUGACCGAUUGGAGCGUAUGUUUGACAUAAAAUGUCCGGACAAACUGUCUACUAGUGCUACAGAAAGUAUUGAUUGCAAUAGUGUAGAAGCGGUUGUGGUUUCGGGUGAUUAUAUACCAAUUCAUACAUGGAAACCGUAUGUAUUGUCCACAUAUGCUACCGUUGAGGCUAUUUUGACUGAUAUGAAUAGUGUUCAACGCUAUCGAUUCAUCGACUCGUGGCGACAGUAUCUCAGGGGACAGGACUGUGAAAAUCAAUUAAUUGAAGAUAAAGUUAUCGACUUUGAUAUCAUAGAAAAGGUACGUAUAGAUUCAAGUGGCAAUUGGACGCUAUUUACACUUAUAGAGUACUCGGACGGUCUGUACGUACCGCAGACGGAAUGGUCGGACCCGCGUAUACAGCGAUUGCUUUAUUUGACACAUUUACAGGUUGUCUACGUUAACGAUGUCUAUUCAUUUGAAAAGGAACUGUACGACCAAAAAGGACAGUUAGAUCUAAUGUUUGCCAAUUUGGUGGCCUAUUAUGUAUUGCAUGAUAAAUGUUCGAUUCGGGAGGCAAUGGACAAGACUAUUGAAUUGGUUAGACAACUGGAGGCCGACUUUGUCGAGUUGGCCAAAACUGUGGCCAACGAUCCCGAGUUGAGCUUCGAUGCCAAACGUUUUGUUGAAGGUCUGGCCAAUUAUAUGGCCUCCAACUAUCACUUGUCAAUUACAUUGGAUAGAUAUAAUAAUUUUAAUUAA